AUGGGCAAAAUAACGAAUGAGCGCAAUCCACCCGAUCACGAUCUAGACCCACCACCAUCGUACGACGAGAGUGAAAAUGCAGCGUACAAUCCUAGGUUCUACCAGGGCAAUGCCUCGUCUUCAUCACCACCACAGCAACAACCACCUCCACUCCCUUCAAAUGAGCAACAGCAAAGUCAUUUGUAUCCAACUAUACCUCCACCGCUCUCUUCUCAUCAACAACCAGUAGCUGGUGUAUUACAACCACAACCACAACACCCUCGUCCAUAUUAUCACUAUCAGACAUUCCCAGUAGCAACACAACAACGAUACCAUUAUCAAGGAAGAUCAGGUGUUAGGGAUCGAAUCUAUGUGAAUACUGCAGAACGACGUUUUCCUACGGCAAUCAUUUUCUUUGUAUUGGGAUGGGUAUGUCCAUUACUUUGGUUUAUGGGUGCAUGCUGUUGUGCUGGUCGACGCAAUCCGUACGAGUCAUUUUGGGGCAAGGCGAAUGCUGUAAUGGGGGUAUUAUUCAUUCUAUCUUCGAUUCUCUACUCCAUGGUGGCCGUUACUGUGGAUGAUUGGUCGGUCGGGUUACGGCUAUUCUACACCUUUUCAACUGCAUAG